AUGGUAGGACUAGGAAACAGCUGCCGAGGGAUGAAGUCUCCACCUCUACUUGUGGCUGCGCUUGUGGCGUGCAUCAUUGUUUUGGGUUUCAAUUACUGGAUUGCAAGUUCUCGCAGCGUGGAUCUGCAGGGUCGGAUCAUGGAUCUGGAAGGCAAGGUCCGCAGGGCGGCAGCGGAGAGGGGUGCUGUGGAGCUCAAAAAGAAUGAAUUCCAAGGAGAGCUAGAGAAACAACGACAGCAGAUUGACAAAAUCCAGUCCUUGCACAGCUUUCAGAUGGAAAAUGCCAACAGAGUACAUCAGGAAGAGAAGGCAGUGCUGAUGAGUAACAUCACAGUAAAUGAACGACUGGUCCAGAAUCUACGAGAACACUUGAAAGAGUUACAGACAGAAUAUGGAAAGCUACAGCUGGAUGUUUACUGGUUUCAGAAGAACCAGACUAACCUUCAGAGGAAGUUUUCAUAUGACCUGUCACAGUGCAUCAACCAGAUGAAAGAAUUGAAAGAACAAUGUGAAGAAAGGCUAGAUGAGCUUACAAAAAAGGGUAGUGAUGUACAACAAAUCAAAGAAAACAAAGACUUCUCAGAAGAUUCAAAAAAAAAAAGCCAGGUCGAUAUUCAACUGCCAGCCUUGAAGCAAACCGAGUUCAAGCAGGCUGACUUGGAACAGCAGAAACCCAAUGAAGAUGUACCUAAAGCAGUACCUACAGUAAAAAAGAUAGACCCACUGCAGGCUAAAGAAAGAAUAAACGGCCUAGCUGACACCAGAAAACAGGAGCCUAAGGCAGCAGAGGAGAAGCUGUCUAGUCAACUGAAAACCCCACAGGAUUCACUCAAGGCUGCUGCAGGUUAUAAGGAGAUGCUGCCUGAGUUAGAGAAGGAGCUGAAUCCGCCUGAAGAUGAAAAACGUGUAGCUGGGCAAGAUGCAUUACAGCCAGCAGCAGAGCAGGCUGCCAGUGAGGAAGUUGAGAGGGAGCAGCUGGUAAAUUAUGACGCUAAGCAGGAUGAUUCGCCCCCCGGAAAGGCUGACAAACAGGAACAUGAAGCACUGAACCAGGACAAGGAUGUUGAUUACAAUUUAGAUGAGAACGAAGCUGAAUCAGAAACAGAAAAGCAAGCAGCACUUGCAGGGAUUGAAAAUGUUCAAAACCCUGAAGAUCUGAAGAACCACUUAUCUGAGCAUGGUGAAGAACGGCAGAGGUUGUAA